AGACUCUGUCAGCUGUUGUCGCUGCUCAGUCACGUGUCUGUGAGUCAUGUGAUAACUAGCUAAAAAAAAAAAACAGCCUCCUCCUCUUCACACUGCUCUGCUUUGUGCUCCUCUGGAUGUUUGUGCAGCUGCAUCACAGACGACAUUUAUGCUUUUACAACACCAAACCUACCAGGUAAGACGAACUCUGAUUUCCUGGUUUCAACCUGGAGGAAAUAAAACAUCCUUUCAGACCGGUUAGCUGUGCUGUUAGCCUCCUGUUAGCCUGCUCAGCUAACUUGUUUUCUCUGGAUUAAACGUUAGCGCAUAAGUUAGCCUGUUAAUUUUAAUGAAACAUCGGGGAAAAGUUUGCUCUUUAUCGCUGCUAAUGUAUUAAUAUUCUGCUCUGUACAGUAUAACAUGUAUUCAGUCCCUGUCUGUGAUAUUGUAGACACAGUGAGGAUGACUAAUGAUGUUUUUAGAGGAGUAUAUGCAGCACAGUGCUCUUCUUUCAUUAACAUUUAACUCAAUUCACCUGCUAAAAACACUACAUAAUACUCACUGAUGGUGAGUUUAACUCACUAUCUUCACGAAACUGUUCAAAAAUGUUUGGAUAAUCAGAAAAAAUAAAACUUUAAUAGGUUUUAAAACAUUGAGGCCCAUAAUUAAUUAUUAGGAAGUUGCACUAAAACAUCAAAAGUGUUUAAACCAAUGUUUUUGAUUAUUUUGGAUGUUUUAUUUGCAAGUUCAACUCAUUUCCAGAUACAUGUUUGAAAUAAAAGUUUCACAGGCAACAAAAAAAACAAUAAAAGACCAAAACCCUGUAUUAUUGGAUGCUCUUUAGACAAUGAAAAAUGAUCACGAUAUAUUUCGUCAUAUCGUCCGAUCUCGAUUAUUAUCACGAUUUUUUUAAUUGCCAGUUUUAAAGCAUCUGUACUAAAAUAUAAACAAACUUAGAUUAGAUUGACAUUUUAUUAACAUACAAAGUAAAUAAAGAAAAUUAAAUAAGAUAAACUUAAAAAAUAUAUAAAAACCGUUUUAACUCAACAGGAAAACAAAUGUUGAUAAAUACUUAAUAACACAGUGAACUAGUUUACAGUCCUGAGUGUUUUUGCAGGGAUGUAAGAUCCAAAAUAAACAAAUCACCUCCACAGGGAUGAUGAAGAUGUCUUAAAAUGUGAAAGUAAAUGAUACGAUUGAUUGCUUUGGUCUGGUGGCUGCACCGCUAGUUUCGCUAAACUGCUAAUGCUACUUGUGCUACUCUAUUUUGCUGCCCUCCGCUCCGUGUUUAGCUCCAUGUUCACUCAUUCUGUUUUAAUUCUCUGGUAACUUACAUAAGUGAGCAGGAAAAGCUCGACUCUGAUUGGCUGUUGUGAUGCAUAUUUCCACCAUGCUUGAUCGAGUAAAUAAGUUCAGCUGAUCACCGUGAUCAAACUGAAAUUAAUAACGAUCAUAUAAUCGCCCAGUCCUACUCUGUAGUGGGAGUCACAGCAUGGGCUCAAAAUCACCUCCAAAUACUGUUGUAUUUGAACUAGGGCUGGGCGAUAAAAGGAUAAAGAUAUAUAUCGAAAAUUAAUUUCCCUCAGUAUCAAUUUAAAACAUGGUCAAUAUGUUUUUCGUUAUUCGGCAUUCUACGUUGUUUUGGUAGAGUUGCUUGAGGUCCACUUCGCACUGAACCAAUCAUGUGCUGAAUUAGAACCAAGUAUCAAACAACUGCGUCGUAGCAGACAGCAGCUUCACCCAACCAUAGCACUUGCAAUGCAAAAAGUUACAAACCCCGAGCGGAGCAAGGAGCCGAUGGCGCCUGUGCAGCUGAAACAGCAUGAAAUAUUUAAUUUUCUUUUUCUUUUUUUUUUUUUUUAAAUUUUAUUUUUGUUUUAUUUUGUGAUUUUAUUUUAUUUUCUGUCAUCUUAUUUUUAAUUUGAUUCAUUUUUUUUGUGUGUUUGAAGUUUAAUUAAUAUACUUUUUAUUUUAUUUUAUUUUAUUGUUUUUUUAAAUUAUUUUUUUUUAAUGCUGCUUUUCACUUUUUAGUCUAUAUUUAUUUGAUGAAAGAAUCCUCAGGAUUUCAGCUGUUUUUUUGUUUUUUUUUCCUCAAUUUUUCUAGUCUCAAUAAAUUCAAUCAACUAAAACAAAACUGUAAUAUCUGCAUUAUAUGUAUAGGCGAUCAGCUGACCUGAUCUCACAGUGUUGGUAUGUUGCAUGGGCAGCUUUCACAGCUGUGACUGGUAGCAUGGCUCUGUUUCUGCUAAGUGGUUAAUAACAGCGUUGAGAGAAACAUACUGCCAAGAAGACGACGCCUCCAUCAACAAUGACUUUGCAUAUUUCAGUGAGACAACGCCACAUUUUAUACGCUGUCUUUGUGGGUUUUUUUAAUAAGAUAUGGACUUCCUGUGAUUUAUAUUGACAUCUUGACGUGUUUUGGUCAAAGUGUUGUACUUGUGCACGAUUAUAUCUGAAGGGAAAUGUUGUGCUCUGCUCUGCAUUUAUUCUAACGGAGAUAAAAUGUCCUCUUGAUUAUUGGAGUUUGUGUUUGCUGAAGAGGUCAAAUGUGUAAAAUCAGCACCUGUUCCAGCUUCAUAACCAUUAACUCCCAUUUAUGCAGUUUUAGCUCAUAAAAGAGGAACAGCUGACCUCCUAUUUAGCCGACUCUCGGUGUUUUUAUCAGACAUAGUUACUCAACAAUCCUCUGUGAAGUUAUUAUUGAACACAAUGAACUGACUCAGCAAACUGGUUUAAGCUCCUUACUUGAUUAAUUUAUUAUAAUAUUAAUAUUUCCUGGUUAAACCCUCAGAAAACACAGUCAGCUUUUUGAGGAUUUAGAGUAUGGGUCAGAGAAAUGAAGCCGUUUCAGGAGAGCUGCAAACUCUGACCCCGGAGUCAGUCAUGUGAACUGUUCGUAUGCUGUGUAACCAUUUACUCAGGGAUUUGUUGCUGUGGAUUUUGAUCCGACAUAUUUCAGAUAUGAGUGUUUACAUCCCAAAAGAGGACGUGAACUUUUCAACAACAUCUGUGUUUCGCUCGGUGUUGAAAUCACUUUAUCAGUUCGCGUGUUUGCCGAGCUGCCGUCUGCUUUCCUCUUUUUGUUACCUUUGCUCUCUCUCUCUUAAAGAAACGCAGAAAGCACGACGUCGAUAAGAUUGAGUUUCUGUAGCUCAGGAUCUUUGUGUUCAACCCUCACAGCUGAGAGCUCUCUCCUGGUUUCAGAUGGUGCAGAUGGGGAUCCUGCUUCUAGCUCUGCUGGGCCUCAGCACGGCGCUCGUCUGUCCUGAUGGAGGCAUGUGCGGGGACAAAAACACCUGCUGCAAGAACGCCGUGGGAGGAUACGGAUGCUGCCCACUUCCUCAUGUGAGUUCUCAAACCGUCACGUCUCGCUCAGGUGACAAAAGAGGCUCUCAGACUAAUUUCUCAUUCGAACAGGAACCAUUCCUCACAGUUUGGUGGUUAACCCUUAAAACUCCUACUUUAAAAAAACUUGGAGUUUCAGUUUUCUGGGUUUUUGUGUUUGUUGCAGGUGAAGUUUUGAUUCAUCUUUUGUCUCUGUCCUCACGUGUUUACAGGCUGAAUGUUGUUCUGAUCACCUCCACUGCUGCUACGAGGGGACAGUCUGUGACCUGGUCCACUCCAAGUGUGUAAAUAAGACAGUUUCUUUACCCUGGAUCAGACGAGCUCCCACCAAACAGGCCGCGCUCGUACCUCAGGUUUGUUGUUUAGCUUUCCUGACAUCAUUAGACUUGAUUUUUAGUGAAGGAGUUAAAGGUCCGGCUGCCAUCGAUUGUUUUUUUUCCUUCAGAGAUAAAAAUCUAGAGUAUUGUCGGUUAAAUAUUUGACACAUGGACAUCGAUAAAUAAAAGAGGAGUGAUCAGAUCUGAACGUUUCACAGAUUGGGUGCAAAUGUGACGUUUUAAUAAACCUUUAAAGACAUAAAAAGAGAGAGAAUGCAUGAACAGAAAACAAAGAUUCAGUCUUUUUUAAGUAACAAAUUUGUAGCUCCCUCCAAUAACAACAUGAGUCACGACAGCUUGAUUAAAAAAAACUGUACUUUAUUCUCAGACCAAACCCGUGAGAGCUGUGUGAAGAAAAAUACACAAUAAAUUGAAUGAAGUGGUUGUCAUCACAAAUGGAGUUUCCAAGCUAGAUAACACAGAUCUUAAUAGGUACAGUACAAAGAACAUGAAAUAGUUCAUCAAAUUCAAUUCAGACUAAGAAUUUCAUAACUCAUGUAUAUAAAACGGCAUGUGAAACACAUAAACUACACAAUAUUAACUUUCACAUUGCAUAGUAUUUUAGGCGCGUAAUGCAAAAUCUGUCUUUUUGAUCAAAUACUCACCUUCCGUCAGCUUCCAUACAGUGUACCAGAAUGAUGUACUGAAGUAAGAUGGCCGCCGUGUACGGACGCCGGUGACUCCACCUCGAUUCAUCUAGUCUGUGAUCUUCUGCGGCGCUAUCUUCGAUGGCGUUUUGAUCCUUUUUAUACCGAGAGGAAACUCAUUAUCAAACAUUAUAUCCGCCUGAAUUCAACUUCAUAUUUACGAAGGAAAAAAUGGAUGAAAAACCAAAACUUACAAAUGAAAAAUGAUGAGAGGCAUUUACAAAAUAAGUGAAACACACUUAUUAUUAUGUUUGGUUUGAAAAACUUAGGAUGUAUAAUUUGAAGCCACACUUUCUCACUUUGUAAAAACUUUGUCCUGAACUCUGCAUCUUUGUCAUAAUCCACAUAAAGUCAGUUUUAUUUUUGUUCUCCAGUAUUAUCAGAAUUAUUUUCUCUCUGCAGCUUGGAAAUGUUCGGAAAUAUUGUAAAUAUGCUUUAAAAGUAUAAUGUCACAAAAACCUUUUAGACAUUUCUGAUAUUUCAGGGUUAGCAAAUUAACAAAAUUUACAGUUUAAUAAAAUAGUUUCAGUCAUAUUUUUGUAAAGCCGUUAGCGGCGUGUAUCACGGAGCUGAACGCCUGUUCCUGUUCUGUCAGACUGACGUGUUUUUAUUCGUGUCUCCUCUGCUCUCAUUGGUAUUCACGCGUCGUGUCUUCGCCGUUUCAGCUCCAGCGGAGAGUUAAAGCGGUCAUUUGUCCGGAUAAAGCCUCUGAGUGUCCGGACGACACCACCUGCUGUCAGCUCCUCGACGGCUCCUGGGGCUGCUGUCCGUUACCGGAGGUGAGAGACACGAAUUUUUAACCGUGAAAACAUGAACAGACUGACCGUUAUCAAAGAUGUUGAUGUUAACUGGAGCUUUAACGGCACAAAGUCGCAUACAGAAGAAAUACUCAUUUAAAAAAACAACCACUUCUUGUUUCUUCUUCACCGUCCUCGCCCUUUUCCUCCUCUGCAGGCGGUGUGCUGUGAGGAUAAACUCCACUGCUGUCCACAGGGGACAACGUGUGACGUCCCUCACUCCAAGUGUUUGUCCACCGCCUCUCUGGAGUCCUUCCCCAUGCUGCAGAAAAUACCCGCCAGGAGGACGGGGAACGACACAGGUGAGGGAUUUCAUUUAGACCUGAAUUAUAACAAAUCCUGUAAUGAAGUCCCUGAAAUCCACCGUCUAAAUAUGAGCUGGUGUGUUUUUUUAUUUCUGCAGCUCUUUCAGUCACUUCAGUCACGUGUCCGGGUGGAAGAAGCAGCUGCCCUGAUAGUUACACCUGCUGCCUGCUGACCAGCGGAGACUACGGCUGCUGUCCGUAUCCUGAGGUACGUUAAAGCGUGAAACAUAUCAGGAGUGAAAUAACCAAGAGUGUUUUUUUAAAAGCACGUGUCUUACAAAGAUCAGGAUUUACUGUUUUUCUUUCUUUUUAUAUUCGGACCUUUAGGACUUUUUUAUGAAACAGACUAAAACACUUGUCUGUAAAGUGAGUGCGCUCCGAUUCGCCGAGGCCGAAUGUCGCUCACAAUGAGAGACUCAGGGGGGUUAAAGAUGGAGGGUCACACUCAGUACGUUCACAUGCACAGUUUAAUCAGACUAAGAUCAUAAUUAGUUUUUUUUAACGAGUUGAACUUCUCUCCUCGUCCUCGUUUACAUGCAGCUGAGAAAAUCAAAUUAUUGACGUGAACGUGUCCUCCUCCCCAACACUAGGGGGCCGAUAUGGGUCUUUUCAGCGGCGCUGUUUUCGACCCUAUACAACCGUCAACAACAACAGCAGGUCGGUGUCAGACGUCAGAAGUGUCUACAACUGCUGCUGAUGGAGCAUCGUACAGCGUUGUUUUUGUCCGACAUGAUGGACGCGCUAAUUUUUCUAAAGAUGAGACCAACGCUAACGCUGGUAGAGAAAAUUGAAUUCCAGUCCCAUUAUCUGGGUGUCUUAAUCGGAGUUCUUCGACUAUAAUCAGAGUUCUCAAACUCCGAUCAUAUUCUUUAGUUGUCCGGUCUUAAUCGGAGUAAGGCGAUAAUUCGGUUUUCUCGAGUGUCAUGGAAACGGACUGAGUGAGAGUGACUCAACAGGAGACCAGCUAAUCAUCAGCUGAGGCUUUAGCUAACGGUCACCGGUGCACAGACAGGAAAUUUCUGCUGCUGUUUAAGUUUUCUUAAAGUUUGGGAACCGCCGCCUUAAACUUUAGUUAGUUUUAGCGGAACUGAUCUGUAACAGAGGGGAUAACGCCUCUUUUCUGACCGCUCUUAAGGCUUAAAUAACAGAUUCCUGCAGGUUCGAGGAGUGCAAUCUUUAAUUUAUCCUCCUGCUGGUCUUAAUAUUUCACUGAAGGUAAAAGUGCAGAGACCAAAGAGGACAGAAAGUCAAGUGAAAGAGGAGUCUUUAUAAUUUCACUGAUUCUCCUUCUGUGUUUGAUCAUGAAAUCACGUACAGGCCAUUUGCUGCAGCGAUCAUCUCCACUGUUGCCCGAGCAACACCGUAUGUGACCUGGAGCACGGCAUGUGCAAGUCUUGUGACAAGCAGAUCCCGCUGCUGGAGAAGAUCGCAGCUGUCCCCAACGACGGUGAGCAGUGAGGCCCAGAGUCCAGAGUCAUGAUUGGAAUAACCGAACAUCUCUAAAGCCCCUAAAUCUUCGCUUUUCUCUUUUCAUCAGUGAUCUGUCCGGAUAAGAAGUCGGCGUGUCCGGAUGACACGACGUGCUGCCAGUUGACCAACGGCUCGUACGGCUGCUGCCCGAUGCCUGAUGUGAGAAACCUGAGAUUCAAAAGGAUCAUCAGACCAGAUCCUGCAAACUUAACGUCUUUUAAACGUUCAGGACGAAGGAUAUAAACAAACAACACCAUCUAUGUUUUAUAUGGUUCUUCAUAUUACUGAUCAAACUCUCCUCUUGUCCUGCAGGCCGUGUGCUGCUCAGAUCACAUCCACUGCUGCCCUGCAGGGACAAAGUGUGACGUCGCUCAGGGCGCCUGUCUGUCCGCUGAGAAAGAGACCGCCACGAUGGUCAAGAUCGCCGCCACUGAGACGGAGCUGAUGGCAGCACAGAGGAAAGACCCCGUCGAAGGUUGGAGCUCCUCGUGUUUUCAUCACGUUCAUGUCGUCCAUCUUUAAUACAGUCAGUGUUUUUGUUUCAUGGUGCUGGAUUCCUCCCCGGUUGAAGAAAUGAUCAAACUCAAAUGUGAGGUGAUGCUAACUUCCUGUCUGUCCCUCAGGCGUCUCUGUUCCCUGUAACGACUCUGUGGCCUGUGCUGAUGGAUUCACCUGCUGUAAGUCCCCAGCAGGACAGUGGGCGUGUUGUCCUCUUUCAAAGGUACCUGAACACGUCAUAUAUGAGUGAUAAUUAACCAGCAGACAGGCUGAGUUUCUCUCUGUAUGUGCACAGAAUGACUAAAACUCAAAUUUCCUUUCCUCUGAUAAAGUCUCAGAGUUAUUUCUUACGGCGCAGAAACAGAAGUCACUUUGAUAAAUGCAAGAUGCCGUUUGUUCCUCCUCCCUGUAGGCUGUGUGCUGUGAGGACCAUCUGCACUGCUGCCCUCAUGGUACCAUCUGUAACCUGGAGGAAUCCACGUGUGACGAUCCCACAGGAAACACGGUGAUGCCCUGGCUUGAAAAAGUUCCCGCUUUCCCCUCAAAGACCGAGAACAGCAAGUGUGACAAAUCCACAUCCUGUCCGGGGAAAGCCACCUGCUGCAAGACGGCAGGCGGGAGCUGGGCCUGCUGUCCUCUGCCUCAGGUAAGAACUCAGGAGACAGGAGGAUUCUGAGAACAGGUGAAUGUAUAACACUAGACUAAGACUGAGUCUAACCUCAAGAGGGAGUCUAAGGUCUAAACCUGACACACUCAGAGAAACCAUCAACCCGACCUGAACCCUCAUCUCUGCAAAGAUUUUUAGAGAGUGAACGCUCUGAGCUGAAUAAAGAGAUUUUUACAUAAGAUAUCAGACAUUUCUUUGUCCACAGGGGGAGCCAAAAAUAAUACAAAUAAAAAAUUGCUUAAUGGAACUUUUAAUGUAGGAUUGGAUCCUUCACUCCAAGUAUAAGAAGUUGAUUUUACAAAACCACGUAAUUCAAACAUAACAUGAUUGAGUAUGGAGUCUGUGACACUUUGACUGAAAUAUUGAUCUGAAUUUAAUUUAAUUUUGCUUUAUGUUAUUUUAUUCUAUACUGUCUUAUUUUUUAUUUGAUGAGUUUUAAUUCAUUUUCUUCUGUUAGUUUUUUUAAAAUUUAUUCUAUUUUAUUUUUAUGCAGUUUUUUGCAUUUAAAGUUGUUUUAAUUUGUUUUUAUUAUUUUAUUUAAUUUUUAAUUGAUAUUUUCUUUUUUAUUUGUUUCAUUUUAUUUUGUUUUAUUUGAUUCUAUAUUACCGUAUCUUAUUUUUUAUUUGAUUAGUUUAAUUCAUUUUAUUUGUUUGUUUUUUAUAUAUUCAAUUUUAUUUUUUAAGUUGUUUUCGUUUUUAAAGAUUUUAUUUGGUUUUAUUUAUUAUAUUAGGUUUUUUUUCUAAUUUUUUAUGCAUUUUUUUGUAUUGAAGUUUUUAUUUUAUUUUGUUUUUAUCUAUUUUAUUAUUUUCUUAAUUGUAAUUUCCUUUUUUUGUUUGUUUGUUUCAUUUAAUUUUGUUUAAUUUUGUGGUUAUAUUUUAUUCUAUAUUAUCGUAUCUUAUUUUUUAUUUGAUUAGUUUUAAUUUGUUUUGUUCUGUUCAUUUUUUAAUUUAAUUUAUUUUAUUUUUAAUGCUGUUGCAUUUGCAUUUUAUUUUGUCUUGUGUUUCUUCAGUUUGUUUAAAUCUUAUUUUGUUAUUUUCUGUUUCAUAUUAUUUUGUUUAUGCGUGUCUCCUUUACCAUUAUUUGUUUUCUUCAUAAAGAAAGUUCUGGUCUGAGAGUUUGUUUCCCAAGUUUCGUCUCAUUAUCGUUUUAUUCAGACUGAUAUUAGAUGAUUGCGUUCGGCUGUGAUUGGUUUUUAGCCUCUAAAUCUUUAUGAUGUUGUGAGAAGAAGCAGCUCAGUGACACACGAUCACAGUCCGUUGUGUUUUUUCAGGCUGUGUGCUGUGACGACCACAUCCACUGCUGUCCUCGCAACACCGUCUGUAACGUGCCGGCUCAAAGCUGUGACGACCCGCUCGGCGUCCUCCCGUCUGUCCCGUUGGUGAAGAAGGUGGAGCCUCUAAAAACCGAGGUUCAGGAUGAGAAGUGUGACAAGCAGACGAUGUGUCCCAGAGGAACCACCUGCUGUAAGAAAGACUCUGGACAGUGGGCCUGCUGCCCCUUACCUCAGGUCGGUCAGAGUUUCUUGAAUCUUCUUGAGUUUGUCUCUAAAACGCGACAUGAGCAGUAUUGAGGACGCUUCUUUGUCGUUGUUUCCAGGCUGUGUGCUGCAGCGAUCGAGAGCACUGCUGCCCUAAAGGCUACAAAUGCAACAUCGCUGAACAGACGUGUGACAAACCCGGAGCCCUCAGCCUCCCGUGGCUGCAGAAGAUCCCUGCUCUGCAGACCGAGACGAGCCCAGCUGUCUCAGGCCCUCCUCGGCCGGUCAGGAACAUGUGUGACGCCCACACCAGCUGCCCCAGGGACACCACCUGCUGCUUCAUGGAGAGGACCAAGAAAUGGGGCUGCUGUCCUCUGCCAAAUGUACGAGGUUAUCUAACAUGACGCUCUGACAGAGCCGACCGUGUGUUUGGUUUGAAGACAAAUCUGCUGUUUUUCAGGCGGUGUGCUGCAGCGAUGGAAACCACUGCUGCCCCAGCACUCACACCUGUGAACCUCACCGCUCCUCCUGCUCCAAGGGCCCUCAUGUCAUCCCCUGGUUCACCAAACUGAGCGCUCUGACCGAGCCGGGCGCCGUCACAGACAUUAAAUGUGACGACAAGAGCAGCUGCGCUUCAGGAACGACCUGCUGCAAGCUGAAGACGGGAGAGUGGGGAUGCUGCCCUCUGGUGAAGGCGUGUACAGCUCCGACUUUGGAUUGAUUUCAUUUUGCACUCAUAUAUGACCCGUUUGUUCUGUGUUCUCCUGUGGCGGUAAAGUGCUCAGACUCGAUCUGUUAUCCCUGUUCUGUCUCCUCUUCAGGCGGUUUGCUGUGAAGACCACGAGCACUGUUGCCCUCAGGGAUACACCUGCAACAUGCAGACGGGAACAUGUGAGAAGAAGAGCGACGGCGGUGACGGCGCUCUGAUCAGCUCCUUCCCUCAGACUGAAGUGGUCCGGUCUGAGCCCAGAGUCUCACAGGACGACGCAGAUGUACCAUGUGACUCCAUGGGGGUGUAUCACUGCCCCGGGAGAGACACGUGCUGCAAGAUCUCAUCCACAGAGUGGGCCUGCUGCCCGUCGCCCAAGGUAACCCCACCCAACAAGAAUUCAGUUUUCAUCCUUUAAUGAAGGAAGAGCAGAUUUUAGGCAGUAAACACUUUUUUAUAUUAGUUAAUGAAAGACAGACCAUGACAGGUGGUCCACAACAUAUAAACAGACAAACAGACAAUGGAGACAAGACAAAGUGAGGGGUACAGCAGCGACACAUGACAUGUAGAAAUCAGAAUAAUGUCCUUUAUUGUCAUCAAACUAAAAGUACAAUGAGGUUGGAGAGCUUCUCCUUUUCCAAAAGACAAUAGAGAGUAAAAAAAUCAGGUAGUAAAAGGACAGAAACAUUAAGAAGGUGUUUCAAGGCUGUGUUCAGAGGGUGGGUGGGUGAGUGGGUGUUUUUAUGUGUGUAGAAAAGUGUGUGUGUUUGUGGGUGUGAAUGGUCCCCUCUUUUUAAAUUAUGAUUGUUGAAGAGAGAGUGAAAGAAGAAAAGUUAAGCAUUAUGAAAUAAAAAUAAUUGCAAAAAUAAUAAUUUUUUUUUUUUUUUUAAAUCAAUAAUGAUUAAAAAAAUAAAUUAAUUAAAAAUAAUAAUAAUGAUAAUAAAUAAAACAUUAAAAAAACAAAAAAUAUGUUUGUCAAUAAAAAGUAAAAUAACAAGUAGAUUAAUAAUACACACAUAUCUUUUUAAAUUAUGAUGAUUAAAGAGAGUCAAAGAACAAACAGCAAGCAUUAUGUUAUAAAAAAUUACAAUAUAACACUAUGUUAUAAAAAUGAUAUUUUUUUUAUUAUAUUUUUUAAUUUAUUAUUAUUGUUGUUAUUAUUGAUAAUGAUAAUAAUAAAUAAAAAUAAAUAAAUAAAACAAAAAAUUAUUUGUAAAUAAACAGUAAAAUAAUAAGUAGAUUAAUAAUACACACAUAUCUUUUAUGUAUAUGUGUGUGUGUGUGUGUGUGUGUGUGUGUGUGUGUAUAUAUAUAUAUAUAUAUAUAUAUAUAUAUAUAUAUAUAUAGUGAAUAAGUAGAUAAACGUUGUAGGAUAUAGUUAUGAUAAUUAUAGAAUAAAUGGUGCUAUACAUCAGACACUUCCUAUUUUUUAAGGAUCACUUCCUUCUAAGUUAGCAGUAAACACUGACUGCAGCGUUCCUGUUUUCUUCCUCAUCUAACAAACUUCGUUCCUUAGUCUGCAUGUUUGUUUGGAUUUAUUAUGAGCAGAAAAAAAGAGAUUUGAUUGAAGUGUACAAUUAAAAACAGAAAUAAAAGACUGAGUCUGAAUCUUUUAUUAUAAAAUCUGCUGUAAACUUGAAUCUGACACCAGUGCAGCUGUUCUCCUGUCUCUUUGAAGUCUUUAUAACUUCAUUUAUCCUUUACUCACCGAUACUCAUCACUGCACAGUAAAAACAGGAACCACAGUCUGACCUCUGUUCCCUCCUCCUCCUCCUCCUCCUCCUCCUCCUCCUCCUCCUCCUCCUCCAUCAGGCGGUUUGCUGCCCAGACUCCAAGCACUGCUGUCCUGCAGGAUUCUCAUGUGACCUGAAAUCUGAAAGCUGCUCGCCGCGCUCCCCGCUGACCUGGGACUCUUUGUUUGGGGACAGAAGGAGAGACUCGACCCCUCGUGGACUUUGAACCUGCAGAGACAAACUUUCCCUCUCCAGCCUGGGUCCAUCUGAUCUGCAGACAUUAAGGUUUUUCUCCACAUCCUGGUUUGUUUGGUCGUUAAUGGAAAUGCAUUUACAGAGCUUCUGCACUCGUCCUCCUCCUGGGGGGUUUUGGAGGAGAACUUUGGUUUUAAUGAAGCGGACUCGCUCAGGUGACUCGAAUCUCUCUCAGUCAGUCAAACUUUGGUGUUGCAUUGAAGUGAGAAACAUUGUGCGGCAGGUUUUCAGCGCUUUGCUUCAGGUUGAUGAAAGACGACCAUGACAUGCUCCGAUUAAAAAUAUAUUGGUGCUUUUCUUUGAUUUCAUUGUCAACAAAAUACAGAAAAAAAGACCAAAACUGGUUUCUGCUUUACGCUAAAAGUCCAAGUUAAAUUAAUGCAGACGUGUUCUUGUCCUUUUUGGGUAUUUUAGGACAUUUUGAGAGUUUUAAAACAAAUUAAAAAACCUAAAAAUAAAACUCUUUUCCUCCUGAGUUUCUUUACUUCAAUCACAAGAAAGUUCCUCAGUGUCAAAUCAACAACAUUUAGACCUGGAACUACAAAUACAAAUGAAAUCAGCAGAAAAACUCUAAAUUAAGUUGGUUUGGAGCUGCAGGAUGGAGAUUUUCUGUGUGCAUCCGUGUAGUUUUGGAAAAAUUGUGCAAUAGUUUGACUCUGAGUGUUUUUUUAAUCAAGUUUGGAUUCGAUAAAUCCAGGAGUCGAAACAUUUACUGCGGGUUUUGGUGUUUUCGGGUGAUUUGUUGACAAACUACAAACUAUUGAGUUUUAAUGUGGAACAGAAACUUUCCUCUGAGCUGCCCUCUUCUUUAGUUUCUGGGCAUUUAUUGUGGUUUUUUGUGAGUGUGUGUUUUUGUGUGUUCGCUCAUGUCUAAGAAGCACAUCUUCGUUGUUGAUUUUCUGCUGAGUUCAAACCUAAAUGAUUUAUUUAAUCUGUGGUCAUCAAACUGAUAAACUGUGAAGAAAAAUUGAGUUUCUUUUCAUUUGAACGCUUCAGUUUUUUGUUCCUUUUUAUUGUUAAAGAUUUAGUUGAAGUAAAAUAAUCAACAUCUGCUCCUGCUAACAGCCUGUGCCUUCUGCUAAAUCACUCAACAGGUGUCGAUCGGUCAGUAAACUCAGUUUGUGUUUCGUGUCGGAGCCAAGAACGGCCGCGCUAACUUCCUGCUUUUGAGAAUGAAAGUUUAUGAUUUAGUUUUCUUCUUUAAACGACUCAAAGUUUUGGUUUCUCGCAGUAAAAGGUGAAUUUCAGGCGUGUCCAUUCUUGGCUUCUGUAGUUUAUUGAUGCUUUCUCUACGUGUUUAUGAGUUACAUAGUUUUUUUUUGUCAUUGAGUUUCCUUGUGUCUCCAAACAUUGAAGGAGCUCUGCAGACUUGAAGUAUUGAUGAGUUCUGAUCUCUCUGAGCGAUGGUAGAUCUUUGGGAGUCCUCUAGAGGUGAAGAGCAAACUGCAAUUUUGUUAAAUCCUCUUUUUUAUGAAUAAAGGAUUGUCACAACUCAAAAUAAA